CUUUUCCAUAGAGUUUAAAAUCUACGAUAACGGACUUUGCAUCCAGUUUACUAUCCAAACGGUUAAAGGUUUUUGAUCCAGGUUUACUACAGGAUGCCUGCACCCACAGCUUUACGGCAGCCUGCCGAGGUUGCAAUGACGGAAACUCCUGUUGCACCUCCUAUGCUAGAGCAAGAUGAAGAAAUUCUGAUCGACGCUCAGACAUCAGCGGAGCAGAUCUCGUCAGGGCUUGCACCUUCAUUCGAGCCUAUCCAGGAUGGCGACAUGCGCAUUGACGAAGAGGGACGACCCAUUUUUACGCCAGCAAAAGAUACCAACCGGGUAUAUCGAGUUGAGAGUAGGAAGGUUCCUGUUCCUCCACAUAGAAUGACUCCUUUGAAGGCUAGCUGGGCACGCAUCUACCCUCCUCUCGUUGAACACCUCAAACUCCAAGUGAGGAUGAAUAUCAAGAAUCGAGCUGUGGAAUUACGUACGUCACGAUUCACAACCGACACGGAAGCCCUGCAGAAGGGUGAAGAUUUCGUCAAGGCUUUCACCCUUGGAUUUGAUGUCGACGAUGCUAUCGCGCUUCUGAGAUUGGACGACCUCUACAUCCGUUCUUUUGAGAUCCGGGACAUCAAAGCACUCACUGGGGAGCAUCUCAGUCGUGCGAUCGGCCGUUGCGCAGGUAAAGAUGGGCGAACGAAGUUCGCGAUAGAGAACGCUACGCGGACAAGAAUUGUUAUCGCAGAUCAAAAAAUCCAUUUGCUUGGCGCCGUAAAGAAUGUCGAUUGUGCCCAACAGGCCAUCGUGAGCUUAAUCAUGGGCAGUCCACCGGGCAAAGUGUAUGGCAACCUUCGCAAAGUGGCUUCGCGCAUGAAGGAACGUUUUUGAUCGUCGGCUUUAUGGGGAUUAUGAUAUGCGAUUUGCUCUCUUCCUUUACUCUUCUUCCCCUUUCUUCUUAUUCUUACGACAUGGUAUCGGCGUUAGGUAUUGAGGUGGUAUAUGACUUUGAUAGAAUAUAAUUGAUACGACAACACCGAAAUGAGGAAAACGAAUACUCCGUUGAGAUUGUAUCUAUUCAUAUUCGGAAAAUUAUCUCAAGAGAAGUAUGACGUUGAACAAGACUUGACGAGACAUCGAGGAGUGUCAGCCUUGACAUGCCUAGUCCUUCUUCAAGGGAUAGUA